CUUCCGUCCCGAUCGAUAAGUAAACAAGAAAAUGGAAGAAAGCUCCAGUUUCCUCUUGUGCAACUUCAACAAUCAAGUUCUUAGACCCUAUUGUUCCCACUUUUUAAUCCCGCAUACUCCAAUCCAGACCCUGGUUCAUCACUCACUUACACUGUACCUACAAGAUACUAGUAAGUAUGUUUUCUACCUGGAUGACUGUCUUAUGCUGUGUUGUUUACUUCCCUACCGACGGAGGUGUUUACUUCGUGAUGCACUUUGCUUGCAGCUGUCACCAUGCCUACUGCCUACCCAGGUAUACACUGGCGCAGGCAUAACGCCUACGCAGUUCUAUCUGUGCUUCUGCUUUAGUGUCCUUCCUGCCAUCUUACUCAGUCUACCCCAAUACCAGGAUACUCCCAGACGCCUCGCCUCGCCUCGCCUCACCCCCAUACGUAUCAAGACCCUGUACAGUACAUUCCAUCAAAAGGGAGGCGUCAAACAUGCAUACAAUAGAUACUACUACAUAAGUAGUAGGUACAAUAUGAUGCGUAUGAUGCAGUCAACUACAACCCGGACGAAUAGGACCCUUCUUUGGCGUGCAUUGGAGGUACAAAGGACAGAUACAAAGUAUACUAAAUACUUAUGUACCUUAAAAACAGAUAGUAAAAAAUCAGUAGAAUAGUCUAGACUCAUCGAUAGCUAGCAAGCAAGCAAGCAAGUUACUCAGCCCCAAUGCAAUAGUUACCUCUUAGCCAACUACCAACUACAGUAAAUACUAAGGUACUUUCCAUCCCACAUGGUUGCAAAGAAACCAACCAAAACCCGAACGGGGAUGUGUGUGAACCUGAACCUGAACAUGACCUGUCACGACAACCGAUUCAGGAGGGGGUGGGUUGUGGCGGCCUCGGGAUAACAGGGGUUUUAACUUGAUUUAUCAUUGUCUAGGAUGUGUGAUGUGGUAUUACUUAAUGUGUGUGUGUGUGUGUGAUCUGGUCAGACUUCUUUUUUUCCGGGUGUUACUUACUUUUGUUGAACUGAUAUCUGCUGGGAUAGCAUGGAUUAUAAUAUUAUCUGUGUAUCAGUCUGUGUGAGUCUGUGUGUG